AUGUGGACUCUUCUGGAGGCGCGGGAUGCGGCCUCCAAGGCGGCCUACAACACCAACGUCCAGCUCUGGACCAUGUACGCCAUUGGUGUGUCCGUGACGAUGCUGCGGACCUGGUCGCAGGCUCGAGUCGUGGGAUGGAGGCAUCUGCGCCUGGAUGAUUACCUGGUGUGGGUUGGAAUUUUGUUCUACACGGCGCAGGUCUCUCUGGCCUACAACGUGGGCGCCAUAGCUCAUGGAUUGGCCAACAACAGCAUGACCGACGCUCAACGGGCGGCGUUGGCGCCAGAGAGUCCCGAAUAUCAUGCCAGAGUGAUCGGCUCGAAGAUCCAACUGGCGGGCUGGGCCACCUAUUCGGCAUUGAUCAGCUUUCUUAAGCUGUCCAUGCUAGCCUUCUAUGCACGAUUGAUGGACGGCCUCGGGCGGCGAUAUCGCAUUCCCAUCUACAUUGGCUUUGUACUUGUCGUUGGGAGUUUCCUCGCGAGCAUCAUCACCAUCCUCGCGUCGUGUCGUCCAUUUCACAAGAAUUGGCAGAUCUACCCCAACCCUGGUAACGUCUGCCAACCCGCCAUCUCCAUGCCCGUCGUCGCCAUAACCUUCGCCUCGAACCUCCUCACCGACCCCUACCUCAUCCUCCUUCCGAUCCCUAUGCUCUGGGGCUCCAGCCUGAAAGUCAUCAAGAAGAUCGCGGCGACCAUCAUCCUCAGCGCGGGAAUCUUCAUCCUCGUCUGCGCGACUCUCAAGGCCGUCUUCAUCAUAGUGGAACAGGACAAAGGCGCCUCCCUAGCCGAAGAAUGGGGCACGCGCGAGACCUUCGCGGCGGUGAUCACCACCAACCUCCCCAUGGUCUUCCACCUGCUACGCACGUGGCUGGCCCGCGCCUUCGGCAGCGCCUUCCAGUCCUCCCAGAAGAGCUACAAGAUCCCGUCGGGGUUGCAGACUAUCGGGGGUGGCGGGGGGCCAGGCGCCUCGUUGAGCCGCAACCGCGGCAAAGCGUCGGAUCCGAUCACGAUCGGGCUGACCUUUACCGAGAGCGAGGAGCGCAUGAUGGACGAUAUGAAGAUGCAGACGCUCAAGGCGUACCCGGCGCCCCUCGAGACUCAUCCGGAUACGGCACACGGGGCGAUUGUGGUUUCGAACCAGAUCGAGAUCACGCAUGAGACGCGUAGUGCACAUAGUGACGUUGAGACGGCGGGGAGGACGACGCCGCAUGCGCCUGAGGAGAGCUGGUUGCGCUAG